UAAUUCUGUUUUGUCGGCUGCUAGUUCAAAAUGCUGGGCAGACUAUGUCGUGAAACAGUACAAAAACAAUUCAUAAUUCAUUCGGUUUUGAGUCGAUUUCCCAUCUUUCAAAAACGAUGGAAUCACAUCAUAAAAGCUCAAGAUGCACGUGAAAUUCAAGUGCCCUUGCCUCAUGGAAAUAUGGCCGGAAAAGAAUGGGGAAAUAUUGAGGGAUAUCCGAUUCUCUGUCUUCACGGAUUUUCAGAUAAUUGCGAUUCAUUUGAACCUCUUGCUCCUUUACUGUCUGAAAGAUUUCGAUACAUAGCCCUGGAUGCACCUGGCCAUGGCAAAACUUCUCAUGUCCCACAAGGAUCACCAAUGAAUUACUGGGAACUUGUGUGUUACAUUAAGCGAGUGAUUGACCACUUCAACAUUAGAAAAAUGUCCAUCCUUGGUCACAGCAUGGGAGGCUCAACAGGAUUUCUUGUUGCCUCUCUCUAUCCAGACAUUGUUGACCGUCUGCUCACAUUAGACGUGAUAAAACCUGUGUGUGUCCCUCUACAGUGGCAGACUCAGAGCAAAGCUGAAGCCAUAGACCUGUUUCUUAGCAAUGAAAAAAGGUUAAAAGAUCUGAAAUACCAAAAGAGCUACACUCAGGAGCAAUUGGUCAACCGCUAUGUAGAAGCUAUGGGUGGAACAAUAAGCCCAGAAGCUGUCCGUAUUUUAAUGAAGAGAGGUUCCAAAGCGACUGGCAACGGAUUUACCUAUUCUCACGAUCCCAGAAUGAUGUUGCCGUUAAUAAUGCGCGUCGGAAUAGAGGAACAACGUGAAAUAAUCAAAGGUUUGAAAUGCCAUCUAAAAAUCGUCAAAGCCAAACAGGGGCCGCUUUACGAGCCAAUUGAAUGGCUCGAAGAAUUCAAAACCAUUUACCAACGACAAUGCGCAUCCUACGAAUAUGACGAAUCAGUUGACGGCACCCACCACUUUCACAUGCAUAAUCCAGAACGAGUAGCGCCCAUCGUCAACGAAUACUUUGCCCGUUUGUAAAACACGUCACGGUGGCUCUCAAGUUUUUCCUGCCUGCAAAUUUCAAUGCAAAUGUAGAAACACAUAAAUAAAUAUACUAUCGUUUGA